AUGGAGUUUGACUUAAGGAAAACUGUAUCUGUAACAAUUGAUGGUGCCUCCAAUACGGUAGUAAUACAUAAAGGGCUUGCAAAAAGUCUACUUAUAAGUGGUCUGUUUUCUGUGGGGACUGUGAGGCCGCAAAGGAAGGAUCUUCCACCAAUGCUGAAGGCUAAUAACAAACUACAAAGAGGGGAAUCAAUGUUCCUAACUAAGGAAGGUGUUGCUGCAAUAAAGUGGAUGGACAAAAAGGCUGUUACAUUGUUGACUACUGCACACAAUUCAGCGAUUAUUACAUCUGUAAAUCGUACACAAAAGGAUGGUACUAAAACAGAAGUACCUUGCCCUAAAGCUGUUGCAGCUAACGAUAUCAUGGGAGGGGUUCAUUGCUUCGAUCAAAGAAAAGAAAGAUACCAAAUAGGAAGAAGAUCUGUAGAAUGGUGGCAUCGCAAAGUGGUGGAUAUUGAAGAAUAG